AUGGGCUCUCUCAAUCCAGAAGAAUACAAACAGGCUGUGGCCUCCCUGUCAGAAGAUUGGAACGCCCUCCCAUAUGAAGACAAAUCCGCCUAUGAGAUCCAAGCCCAAUUUGAAGAGCUUGCACGGUGUGAACUGAAGGGUUUGCCAUUAGGUGUGAAAGGGGAGCCCAAGACACAGCUGGAAGAGUCAGUGGGGACGAGUGCAUUGAAGAAGUUAUCCAUGGGCAGGCUGCGCCACAAUUUCAGCAAUCUCGAUAGUGAUCCUUUGUGGUCAAAGCCAGCCCAACUUGGUACUGGAGCUUUAAAGCAGCAGUUCAUUGACAUGGAGACGCCCCUUGCUGACUGUCAGGCCUUCCUUAGAGAGCGCUUUCAUUCCACUACCCUCAGCCCCAUGCUCGCUGACAAGGGGCCCAUGACAGAGCAGGGAACUGACAGGGAAGAUGAAGUCCAGGAUGACCCAAGUUGCAUUACGUGUGACAAACUGUGCCAUACGAGGUUUGGAGGCGUGUGCGAGAAGUCUAAGCGCCGGAUGUUGUCUUCAAAGCUGCCAGAAGUUUUUGGCAGGGCACUGAUUGAUCAUCAUUUGAAAGUUGGCCACCUCCUGCUGUUGAAAACAGAGGCAGAUGACUUCUUAGGGUUUCUUGGGGUUUGCAUGAAAAGGCCACGGUUACACAUUCUGAUCGAAGCAACAGCGGAUCCAGUCACAAAUGAGGUUCAGCUGGUAGACCCACGAUUGUUUUGGACUAGCCACCAGCUUUUUGAGAGAAUGGUUGUGGACGAACAGAGCAAAUGUGUGACAGUUGAGGUGUUCAAGUACGCGUUGGUUCUGGAAAAUGAUGUUUUGAAAAUAUGCCUGGGCGCUUCUGUCAAUACUUUCAAGCUGGACCCAUCUACAAAGGUUCAUGUCCGGAAGAAGCAGCUGAGGCUGCCGUUUGGGUUGAAAUCAAAGAGAGAGCCAAAACGCAGGGCAAAGCGUGCAGCAAAGCCCACAAAAAAGAAAGGAAACAGGAAACAGAAGCAGAACGCCCCAGUUGCCGUUGAGAGUGAGCAACCUUUGGGCUCAAAAAGCCCAGGCCCAUUGCCUUCAAGUUCGUCCACCAAUUCCACUUCCUCCUCCUCUUCAAGUAGCUCAAGAUCAGACACAGAGAGCGGUGGGGAGGUGGAGGAGCCCCUGCCCUUUUCAGAUGAUGUUGUCAAAGAGGAAAAGAGGGCCCGCGCCAUCGUUGAGAGACAUGAUGCCCUUGUUGCUGCUCAGGUAAAUUUGCAGGCCACACAGCCUGACCAGCCUGACCAACCGGGAUCUUUGCCUUCUUCAUCCUCAACUGGCCCAAGCGCUGUUAGGUCUCACGCAGAAUCCAAACAACUGGCUUCACAGCAGAUGCCCAAAGCCCAGGCAUCCACAGCAGUGAAAGGUAAAUUUGGUAAAACGUUUUUUUCCAAAGACCUUGGCGUGUCAGACAUCUCGCAUGCUGCUUCUGCCAGGUCCACCUGUUUUUUCUGUGGGGGCAGGAUUCAGAAAGGAUCCGUACGUUUCUGCUGGUACCACAGCACUGUCAAGCCCAGUGUUUGGGUCCAUGCCAUGUGUUUGCAGCAUUUGAUUGCCAGAGAUGGCUAUCUAGCACACAGUCGAAAACAAAUGAAUGCUUUGCAGCGAGUGGGCAAUUUAGAGCCUAGCCUCCAAGAGGCCCUGGCUGGCGCCUUAGCCGCCCUGCCCAAGCAAUAA